AUGUUGGGUCUCGCGGGAAGAAGGACUGCACUUGUCCGCUCUAAGAGCAUAGCUCCGGCCGUGUUGUCUGCACGCGCCAUUGCGGCCACGCAAUCGCCGAGCACGCAUCCCCGGGAUUUCCACUCAACGCCGACAAAUGCCGCAUUCCGGCCUACCUGGAUGCCCAUGCGCGUCAAGACGCCUUGGAUUGAUGCUUUGACAGCUAGUCGUGAGGCUGCCAAGGUUGCUGAGGAUGGUGAGCCUGCGGCGCCGAGUGUCAAGCCAGAUUUGACGCCAAAGAAAAUGUCGGAUAGCUAUUACAGUGCUAUUCUUCCGUUGGCUCAAGAUAAAUGGCUCUUGGAUCACUAUCUCAAUGCUAGUGGACACAUCCGACUUGGUUCAUUGCUGAUGGACCUCGAUGCCCUUGCUGGAGUCAUUGCGUACCGCCACACCGGCGAUGGUGUCAGCACCGUUACUGCUGCCGUGGAUCGUAUCACUAUCGAGCAUCCGCUGAUGGAGAUUUGCGAUCUCGAGCUUACUGGCCAGGUCUCGUAUGCCACGGGACGGUCCAGUAUGGAGGUUUCUUGCCAGGUGUCCAAGGUCCGCCCCGAGGGCGAGGCUGCUAAACCUGAGGAUGUUUUGAUAACCUGUGCUUUUACUAUGGUCUCACUUGAUCCGGCUACUAAGAAGCCGGUUCCCGUGGCACCUCUGCUCAUCGAGACGGAAGAGGAGCAGGCAAUCUUCAAGAAGGGCGAGGCAAACUCCAAAGCCAAAAAGGCCCUCCGCACCCGCAGUCUCCUAGAGAAAGCCCCCGAUAACGAGGAGAGUAAUCUGAUCCACUCAAUGUGGACAAAAGAGAUGUCCUAUCUCAACCCCCAAGUCCCCGCCGUUCGCCCCGAAAACCAAGUCUUCAUGAGUGACACCGUCCUCAAAUCCGCCAUGAUCAUGCAACCCCAAGACCGCAACCGCCACAAUUUCAUGAUCUUCGGUGGCUUCCUCUUAAAACAAUCCUUUGAGCUAGCCUUCUGCUGCGCUGCCUCCUUCGCGCACGCGCGACCUAACUUCCUCGCCCUCGACCCAUCAACAUUUGAGAACCCCGUUCCCGUCGGCAGCGUGCUGUACCUCCGCGCAACGGUGGCGUACACCGAGCCCGAAGAGCGCGAGGACGCGAGCAAAUUUACCCGCGUGCAAGUGCGCGUUGACUCUAAGGUCCGCGACGUUGAGCACGGUGGCACGAGGAAGUCGACUGGCAUGUUCAACUACACUUUCCUAGUUGAGAAGGAUGUGCAUGUUAUGCCGAAGAGCUAUGGGGAGUUUAUGUUGUGGACUGAUGCGCGCCGGAGGGCGAGGAAUGCGGCUGCGAUCGAUCCGGCGCAUAAGAGCAGUGCGUUGCGGAGUAUUCAGGAUAGUGUUACUGAGUAG